CGUCUUUGACAACUGGCUCAGUUUGACAGCUCAUUCAGGAGGAAGAUGUCUGGAAAACUCAGACAAAAAACGUCUGCAAAUGCAGCCGAUUCUACAACUCAAAGUAUAAAUGAGAAGAUUUUGAGGGAGUGUCAUAGUUUAUAUACAGAUCCGGAUAGUGGACUAGUAAAGAUUGCAGAGAAUCUCGAUGUGACACUUCUGGCACCAAGGAAGAAAAUAACUGUGCUGCUAAUUGGUAACCACUCUGCAGGAAAAAGCUCUUUUAUAAACUGGUACGUUGAAGAGCAUGUACAGAAGACAGGCGUUGCUAUAGAAACUCAGGGAUUUACAUUUGUUACAAGUGGACGUAAAAGAGAAUCUCUAACUGGAAAUGCCACUCUUCACCUGUACCCACACUUUGAACCACUGCGACAGAUUGAGGGGGUUACAGAUUACCUUGGAACUGAAAUCUCCACAUCUAAACAGAAGAAAUUCAGUCUGGUCACAUUUGUUGAUACACCAGGUCUUGUGGAUGGUGAUAUGAAGUAUCCAUUUGAUGUGAAUAAAUCCAUUCUGUGGUUAGGAGAUUUAGCUGACUUGAUAUUUGUGUUCUUCGAUCCAAUCGGCCAAGCUCUGUGCAAGAGAACGUUGAAUAUUGUAGAGGAGUUAAGCCAGAAACAUGCUGAGAGAAUGAAAUUUUACCUGAGCAAAGCUGAUGAGGCUGGACUUGAAAGUGAUAGACAGAGAGUUAUGAUGCAGAUUGUACAAGAGUUAUGCAAGCGCCCGAACCUGAACAGGACUGGUUUUGAUAUGCCAACAAUCUACGUGCCUUCUAUGAACUCUAAAGUAAGUAACCAAGGUGCACGAUGUACUAAUCAGAUUGAGGAAGUUUGUAAGGAGAUUGAAAAGACGAUCAAUCAGACAAUACAGAACACGCUUAACUCCCUUGAACGUGAUUGUGACCAGAUAGCACAUGCUGUCGAAGACAAGCUGGCAACUGAUAGUGCAACAUCAUCUCAGAAUUUGAAAUCUCGUGUACGAGGGGCGUCAUACGGGUUUCUCGGAAUGUUACUUCCCUUCCUGUUACUGUCCACCUUCCUGAUCAGCACCCAAAAUAAAAUUCUCAAAUCUGUCUUGGGAAAAGAUCUUGUUGAUACUCUAGCACUGUAUUUGGGACCAUUGACUACAGCUUGGAGUUCUAUACCAAAAGACUACACAAUGUACGUUUUAUUUGCCAUAUUGGGUGUUGCCCUACUCAUGCUGCUAGUGGCUAAAUUUGCAUCAAGAACAAAACCCACUUUGUCCAGGAAACAGAGAAGGUCUUUGCUUGAGAUGAAAGACUAUGUACAAAGUAUUGUCAAGUCUAAAAAGCAAACAUUAUAUGCAGACUACUUAAAACAGAGUGUGGCAGAGCAUGACCUUUAACCUGCAGCCUUGACCUAUAAAAAUCAUCAUGACCUUAACCAGAAGUGACCUUUAAACUGGCAAUUUUUCAUGAAAUUAUAUAGAAGAGACAAACAUGCACUUUUCUGGUGUGCUUUUAUAAAUUGGAGACUUUUGCUUCCUAGGACAUUUUGUUCCUCAAAAUUAAAAAUGUAUCUCCCAGUUGCUAUACAAAAGUGGAAAUUAACAAAGUAUCUCAUUAAAAUGCUCAAUAUUUCAAAAUACUUUGGCUUUAGGUUUACUUGCAGAAAUAUGUUUACUUUGAAUGUGUUUAUCCUUUUAUGCAUGAUAUUUUAAUUUAUGGGUAAAUGUCCAAGGUGAUAUUUCCACUGGGGGCAAAUGUUUGAUAAUGCAGUCUUAGAGUGGGGGACAAAUGUCCUAGGUGGAAAUGUCGAUACUGUGCUUUAUAUUAAAGAUGCUUUAUUUUAAUAAAAAAAAAUCCAGAUAUGCGUACAAAAAAAUCUAGUCUCCAUUAUAAAAUAUAUAUCAUUCCUAUAUCAAUCUCAUUAUAAAUGCAUAAAGAAUGGAUCUGUCAUUUACAUCAUUUAUUAAUAUGCUCAGUGAAUAUAUAUGUUUGUUUUAAAAGGUAGUGAAAGUUGUUUAUCAGGCAUUCAGUUACUUGCAAUAUUUUCAUUGACUAGAAUCUUCAUCAAAUUUUAUCAUGGCAAUUCGAAAUCAUUCCACCUUUACAUGGAAAAGUGGCGCAACAAAAAUAAAAAGAAAGAAAAAAAUGUGUAACCCCAAAAAAUUUACUCUAGUGCUAUAUUUGAGUGAUGAAUUUUGUAUAAAUCAACUUAUAACAUCAAAUCUGCAGAUUCAUGUUGAUUUUUGUAUUUGUGGCAAAUACUUAUAACUGUGUAUGAAUUAGUCCUGAGAAGGUUGUAUUGUAGUGAAAGUAGAAGCAGAGUGUUGCACUCGGUCAGUUUUAAAAAAUGUUAUUCAUACCAUUAUAUAUAUUUUAUUCACAUUCAUUUUGCAAAUUUCAUUUUUGAAGGUGUUUUUUGUCAUAAUGUCUUCAAAGGCAGCUAUUGCAAAAAGAAGGUAUUUGUAGAUAAUUGUCAUUGCAUAUAUAUAUACAUACAUGUAUUUUCAAUAAAUAUUCCUUAAAGUAACACACCUCUGGAUUUUAUGGUUUUAUUUUGUAUGAAAACUGAAAAACUGUUAUUAGUAGUCAAGUGCUGACACAUAUAUACAUAAAUUGAUUUCAGUGCUUUGCAGUCAACAAGCAUAACCUAAAGUUAGUCUAAAUAUGCAAUAAUUUCGUGUAUGCUUAGUUACAGGGAAGAAUUUAAGUGUUAAAAAAAAUCCUUAUUUUGUUAUAUUUUGCAUAAACAGUUAACAGUUUCACUUUUUCUAAGAUUUUUUUUAAAUUUAUACAUCUCUUACAUUUCAUCCUGAGGUGUGCAACUUUAAUGGUUAAUACUCAUUAUUUCUGCACAUAUUUUAUUGUCAAGAAAUAUUUUUCAUGUCAUGAUUGAAGGUGUCGCUAAGUGUAUGUAAUGAAUUAAUUUUUUUCUUGCCAAGGGAAAUCUUAACAUUAUCAUUUUAAAAUGAAAUAUUUUGAAAAAUUCCUGCACCCAGUGCUCCUGAUAGAAACGAUAUAUCUUGUUCACUUUUCUACUAAAUCUCAAUGAUUCAUUAAUAUUUGAUUAUUAUCACUUUUUCAUUAAAUAUUCAGUUGUUGUGAAUUCAAUAAAUAAUAAGAUUAAAAAACUUAAAUAGCUGUUACUGUUUACUCCCUUGGGUUUUAUCUUACUUUUUUUCAGCAAAAUAAUAAGCUAUUAAUGUUUACUCCCUUGGGUUUUAUCUGUUACCUUCCCCCCACCCCUGCAAAUUAAUUAGUUGUUAUUAUUUACUCCCAAGGAUUUAAUUUAAUAUCUUGAUCUUACCUGAAAUGCGUGAAUAAAAUUAUUUUCACAGUAAACAUGCUAUGUUCCAAAGAUUGUGUUAUUUUAGUGCUGAACAAAAUUUGUAAUUACAUAGAUUCAUUGUGUUGUAUGUUUUAUUAUACAAAUGGCAUUUUGGUUGUUUACAUAAUAUUAAGAAAAAUGUUUUAUGUUGGGCUUAAAUGGUGGUGGCUAUCAUUGAAGUAUGUGGUAUAAUAUGUGUUCAUGGAUUCAUUUACAGCGAAAUUGUUUACAAUUAUUAUAUAUUUGUUAAAUGUUUCAUGCCAGUAAUUAUUUUAUUUGAUAAUUGAAAUAUGUAUGUAUGGAGUUAACCUGGAAAGAGUCCCGACAUGGUCAUGGACUUACAGUUUAAAUCAUUUGCCUCUUGCCACUAUGGGUUUAAGACCCUCCAUUGACAUUAAGAGACCUCUGCGGCCAAGUGGUUAAGGUCCUUGACCUUGACUUACUAUCUCUCACCAUUAUGGGUUUGAGACAUGCCACAGACGUUAAAUUAAACUUCCAAGCUUGCUUGUAAAUGUUGGUUGUUCUACAUAAGUGCAGGAUCAUGUUUGAUACAUAGUAUGGGGAGACAAAUGACAUGGUCUUUUCCAAGGUCAGCUGGAAAGUCAAAUGGGUAAUAGUGAUACCAUAAAAGUAAUACGGUGCCAAAAAUAUAAUUGUCUAAAAAUUACUUCUGUUGUGAUUGAAUACCGAGAUAAAUUUGAUUUUUCAUGUAAAUCUUAUAAUACACGUUUUUUUUGUGGGCUAUAAAAAACAUUUAAGUGCAAAGGUCUAAUUAUUAAAAAAAUACACAAGUAUGUGCAUUGAUGAAAUUUGUUUGAAGGACAACAAUUUUAAAGCAAGUACAAAUAUCAAAUUAAUUGUGCAUGGGUGAAAGUUGGAAAUUUUUAAAAUCCUGAAAGUCCUGAAUUUAGCAGUUUUUCUAAAGUUUUACAUAGGAAAUAGAAGGCUUUCAAUAGACUGAAAAUCCUGAACUUCAGGAAUAAUCCUGAAAACUUUCACCCAUGAUUGUGUGAAUGCUGUAGUACUGUUCAAAUAAAUGUUUGCAUGUUUAAAGAUACUUGUAUUAUAUGUAUUCUGUAAAGUCCCUGAUGACCAUUGAAAAAGGCAGCAUUUAAUGAAAUAUACAGUCUGAUUUUA